GAAAGAAUAAGACGAUCUAGCAAUGCAAUUGUGUUUAAUAUACCGGAUACACAUGCCCUUAAAAAUAUCAAAUCUAGUCUGCUAACAAACGUACCAUGUGUAUGCACAACAUUAAAAAGAAGUCAUCCUGGUAUGCACUCACCGAUCUUGUUCAAAUUCAACUCAUCUGUAGACUCCAGUGAGUUUUUAAAUUCCUCCAAUUCAUUGAGACAAAAACAGAUUUUCAAGGAUAUUAAGACUCUUCCGGAUAAAACACCAUGCCAGCGAAAAGCAGGAAGAAAUAACUACGGACCAUCAGCGUCAAACUCUCAAACGCAUCAUAAUCCUAAUGGCUGUAAAGUUAAGUCCGAUUCUAUGAGGACGUCUGGCUUAACAACUUUGCCGCCACCGAAAAACUAUUCUGAAUCUCAUAAAGUUCAAAACACAGAAGAAAGUAAUCCCGAUGUAGGUGGUGUUCAUCCUCUUAAAAAUGUUGACUUAGAUUCAACCCGAAGUAGUUGUGCUGAUGAAGAAUGGGAUAACACAAUCCAAACCGCUGUUAGUGCAACACCCAGUUACAGUAACUGUGCAACGGAUAACAGGAAAACUAAUCAUAACAUUCAUAUAACUGACCACGCACUUAACGUUGAUAUAUUCGAACCUCGCAAACCAUCGCAAGUAUGUUUAACAGUACACAAUCCUCUCCAACUUAUGAAGAAGCCGAAAUCAACCACAAACCUUGGAAAUAAACGUCUUAACCACGUUACCCAUACGUCAGGUAUAAAUAGUUAUCCGAAUUGUAAUUGGCCACUUGGUCACAACCAUAGACCUGAUAGCCUUCUUGGUCCGGCUCCCAAUAUGUACAGUAUGCCCUUAUCAGAUGUUAUAUCCAAUGGCAAUGAGAAAACUUUUUUUGUAAUUCCGCCGGCUUUCCUGCCAGCAACGGUAAACAUAUUUCACAUGAUGACAAAGUGGUUGAAUCUAUUUCCCCUCGCAACACGACUCUUACCUUAGCUAAUCCUAUGAGUAUUCAUGGAACUGCCAAUUGCGAUUUAAAUAGACCCAUACUGGGACGAAACAUCUAUCAAAAUCUUGUUGGCUAUUAAUGUGACCCCAGACUCAAGUUCUGGUUCACGGUAUGGACAUAGAUUCGCCCCCGAAGGCCCUGGUAUGGCAGAGAGUGCGGAGAGUCCGCUCUCCCUCUCAAAAUGCUUUCACACGGCCACGCGUAUACAGCCUCUGCCAGGGA